AUGAAACCAAAGACUUUGGGCGUGUUGAUAAUCAUUUGCCUCUGCUGCUGGCUCCCUAAUUGGAAAGUGGAGGCGGGGGCCAAGAAUAACUUUGAGCUGCAAACGGAUAAUUUUACAUGCAGCAGCGAGGAUGUGAAAUCAAGGAUUCUCAAGGAGUUUCACUGUGGCAUAAGUAAAAGUUCCAAGCGGCGCACUUGGCGUAUGGAAUUCAUGCUUAUGCAACCAGUGGCCGACCAUGAUUUCUUCAUGAAAAUCGUCCUGCCGCGAAGGAGGCCGUUGACGGACUUUGUCCUGCUAAAUGUGACCACCGAUGGCUGCCAGGUGCUGGCCAAUCGCAAUCAAGUGCCCCUCUUGCGUUUGGGCCGAAAUAUCAUGGAACGCUUCAGCAACUUUCCCAAACAGUGUCCCUUCAAGGCCAAUUACUCCUACUACAUCAGAGGGUUCCGACUGGACCUGAAUCUCCUGCCCGCCGUGGACAUGGAGACCCCGGUGCACGUCGAACUGAGUUAUCAGAGCAAACAGCAGGGACUCAGGUGGAUCAGCGGCUAUCUGGAGGCACGUGUUCAAAGGACGAGCGAAAAAAAACGCCCCAAGUAG